AUGCUUUAUGUGUCUUUGCUUUUCCUCACUCGCGUUGUAAUCCCUGUUGGCCUCAUUCAUGUGCUUCUCUUUUCCCAUCUUCCACAACUGUUGCGUCCUUCAUCAUGCUACCAACUCUGGAGUCCCAACAGUGACUCCCCGGGCAAACCCUUUUGCCUGAACAAAUUCGAAAAUUAUGAACAGUUCAGAAAAAAAAGCUCCCCUCUUUCUCCCAAUUUAAAAUGUGUGCAAGGAGCGGGCGCAAAUACAACAAGGGCUUCACCACGGGCGGAUAAAGCUAAAGUAUCCAUUCUGAUUACCUCUCCAGAGGGCGCCAAAAUUUACAGAUUUAUCACCAUACUGCUCAUCUACAACUUGGUAAAAAGAAAAUCGGAAGAAAAAUCACCUUUGGGGAGAAGUAUCAACGUGGAUGAUAACGACGCAGUAAAUGAUGUCCUGAGCAUCCCCAUCAUAUCCAUUGGCAAAUCCUGCAACGCUGUCCUAAACAAUGAUGGCACAAGAAGUGACCUCUGCGACAUGUUCCAAAAUGUUGUGAAAGAAUUCCCAAAGUGUAUAAUAAAUCAGAACGAUUUCCACCAACUUAACAAAACCGUUAAAAGUUUGAACAUCGUCUUCACCCCAAGCAAGGCCAAUUCUGUAACCCUCCACAGGGAAUUAACUGCCAAUUUCGAGAAACACAAAAAGGAAGGAACCCUCAACACAGAGAACAUUAUCUGGGUUGCAUCAUCCAUUAGCAAAUCCAAUUUUCACGAUAAAAAAAGUGAGUUCACCCCGUUCGGAAGGAAAGACGAGGACGAAGAAGAAGAAGAACGCAGCGGUCACCUAACCGUCACACGAAUUAACUGCUACGACACCAAAAAAGUUACAUACAAAAAAAACGAAAUGGAGAUUGAGAGAAAGUCCAUUAUAUGCCUCAUGAGCAACAGCACCGUGGUUUCCUUUUUCCAAAACUUUGGAAAUAAUUUUGCCGCCACCCUCUGCAUGGGAAGAAAUUCAUACAUGCUCGCAAAAAAACUAAAUUUCAAACAUGUCCUUUAUCCCGAGGACUCAAAAAUGGAAUCCUUCCUGAUCAUGCUAAUAAAGUUGUACAACGAAUUACGAGAUAAAUUCGGCACACAGUACGAUGUUGUGCUGACGCGGGAGAAAGGCAAAAAUGACUACUUGGUCAGAGCCCUCACUGCAGAACGGAUACCAUAUCGAGUUGUCCCAUGCAUAAGGACACACUAUCACGGGGAAGGGAUUCGCUUGCUUUACUCCAUCCUCUCAUCCAAUGUGUAA